AUGGAUCAUCUUAUAAUUGUCUGCUGCCAUGCUAUUUACGCUGGGGGUCCAGCCCAUGGGCUUGCCGAAGAUGAGUGGUUUAUCGAGGAGUUCCAAGAAGGAGAAACACCAACAUUCAUACAACACGCGAUAGCUGGGCUGAAGGCAUUGUCUGAAGAUCCCCGCGCAUUGCUUGUUUUCUCUGGGGGACCGACUAAGAAGUUAAGGACAAACCUCUGUGAGGGGCAGUCGUAUCUUAACCUAUGCAAAGAAAAUAAUUAUUUCCAAGAUACAUCAAGCGUCUCGGAUAUAGACCCGUCCAGACUUAUCACAGAGGAUCAUGCAACGGAUUCCUACCAGAAUGUUCUCUUUUCAGUGCUUCGCUUCAGGUCACAAGCUGGUAGUUAUCCACGUCGAGUGACAGUCGUGACUCACGAGUUCAAGAGAGCCAGAUUCAUGGAAUACCACUUUCCCGCCCUGGGGUUAGUGCCUUGGACUCGAGAGGGCAAGGCAGAGGGUAAUGUCCUUGUUUCAGUGAUUGGCAUAAAUCCACCUGAAGAGGUCACUCCAUUGGAAUCGCUGGUGAGAGGGGAAUCAGGCAAAGGCAUUGGGCUAUGGAAAAAUGAUCUAUACGGAAAUGGUCCAGAAUUGGCCAGCAAGAGAGCCCAGAGAGGCUGGCUAGAAACUGACAAUUGUCUUUUCCUGCAUGCGAAUCUUGAGGAAGUGGUUGAGCAAUUGGUAUGCUGGAAUAGUGGAGAAGGAAAUGACUUGUUCCCCAGGAUGGAAGAAUUACCUUGGUAUUAUGGCCGUUCAACCUAA